CAUUCUAAGCCAACUUUCAACCAACCUUUUUCAGUUGACUGAUAUUGAUUUUCAUGUUUGUAACAUUAGUUCUAUUUUGGAAGGUAGAAAUGGGCAAGAAAAAGCUUUUAGAUUGGACUGCACGAUCCAUAAUGUCUACGGGAACCGAAAGAGUCUCCCUAUUAAAAAAAGAUGCUCGGGUGAAGACAAAUGAAGAAGGCACUUCUAGUGGUCCUGGGACAGAUCUUGAGCAUGGAGAAGCAGAGGCUGCCAAUGUCGGAUUUUGUAGAGUAUUUCUUCUGGCAAAGCCAGAUGCAGGAAAGCUAAUUUUUGCUACUAUUGCAUUGCUGAUAGCAUCAAUAACAAACCUUCUCAUACCGAAAUUUGGUGGCAUGGUAAUUGACAUUGUAUCUAGAGACAUACAAACCCCUCAACAGCAAGCUGAAGCAUUAGAAGCCGUGAAAAACACGAUAAUGGCUAUUAUCUUAAUAGUUGUUACUGGCUCUCUAUCCACUGCAUUACGGUCAUGGUUGUUUUCUUCCGUCAGUGAGAGGGUUGUUGCUCGUCUGAGAAAGAAUUUGUUUAGUCACCUUAUCCAGCAAGAAAUAGCCUUCUAUGAUGUGACUCGGACAGGGGAACUGUUAAGCAGGCUAUUAGAAGACACCCAAAUUAUAAAAAAUGCUGCAACCACCAACCUAUCAGAAGCUUUAAGAAACCUAACAACUGCACUUAUUGGGAUUGGAUUCAUGUUCUCAUCUUCCUGGAAGUUGACAUUGCUGUCUCUGGUUGUUGUGCCUAUCAUUUCCAUUGGUGUUCGUAAAUUUGGACGCUAUAUGAAGGAGCUGUCACAUGAAACUCAAGCAGCUGCUGCAGUAGCUGCCUCCAUUGCUGAGGAAUCUUUUGGGGCCAUCAGAACAGUGAGAUCAUUUGCAAAAGAAAAAUAUGCAAUAUCAGGCUACUCAGAGAAGGUUGAUGAGACCCUAAAGCUAGGACUUCGACAAGCGAAAGUGGUUGGUCUAUUUUCUGGAGGGCUGAGUGCAGCAUCAACUUUGUCGGUUAUUAUUGUGGUGAUUUAUGGAGCUUAUUUGGCUAUAACAGGCUCCAUGACUGCAGGAUCUCUGACAUCCUUCAUUCUUUAUAGCCUCACAGUUGGAUCCUCGAUAUCGUCUCUAUCAGGUUUAUAUACGACAGCGAUGAAAGCUGCAGGAGCAAGUAGGAGAGUUUUUCAGCUUCUAGAUCGUGUCUCAAGCAUGCCUACAUCAGGAGACAAGUGUCCUAUAAGUGACCCGGAUGGAGAUGUUGAACUGGAUGAUGUAUGGUUUGCUUACCCAUCUCGCCCAAGUCAUAUGGUACUCAAGGGUAUAUCGCUAAGAUUGAGACCAGGAUCAAAAGUUGCCCUUGUUGGUCCGAGCGGUGGAGGAAAAGUAAACUUCAUAUGUACACAAUACUUGACAACCACUGCUAACUUGAUAGAGAGGUUCUAUGAUCCACUUAAGGGGAAUAUACUGCUCAAUGGGGUUCCUUUGGUUGAAAUAUCACAUGAAUAUUUACACAAAAAGAUUAGCAUAGUGAGCCAGGAACCUGUUCUUUUCAACUGUUCAAUACAAGAGAACAUUGCAUAUGGGUUUGAUGGCAAAGCAAGCAGUGCUGACAUAGAAAAGGCAGCGAAAAUGGCUAAUGCUCAUGACUUUGUAGAAUCCUUUCCGGGUAAAUAUCAAACUGUUGUCGGAGAACGUGGACUAAGGUUAUCAGGAGGGCAGAAGCAAAGAAUUGCAAUUGCCAGGGCCCUGUUGAUGGACCCUAGAGUUCUACUUCUUGAUGAAGCCACUAGUGCUCUAGAUGCUGAGAGCGAAUACCUUGUACAAGAUGCUAUGGAUUCUCUGAUGAGAGGCAGGACAGUGCUUGUAAUAGCACAUAGACUUUCUACUGUGAAAAGUGCAGACAUUGUAGCAGUUGUUUCUGAUGGUCAGAUUGUGGAAAGUGGAAGCCAUGACGAGCUUCUGGUCAUGGAUGGAAUUUACACUGCUCUUGUUCGACGACAACUACAAGCACCAACAAGCUGAAAUGUACAUCGCCUCGUCAGUAGAACUACAUUAAUAGGGAUCAGAGACAACACAACAUAUGAGAAUAAAUCGUGUACUCGCCUGGCAAAUUCAAGAUCUACAGGCUGUUGUUAUUGUGUGUUCAUGUUGUAUUGCCUAUAAGAGUAUACCUGAAAAUCCUUGGAAUGAGUAUACAUCUAAACAAAUAAAAUCAGUUACCCUUUUAUUCUUUUCU